GUCGUGUGAUACAUUGCGAGGCUGCAGGGCUAGAGCGACUGUACUGUUGAAAACUACUGUCAUCUGUUCGUUCUUGAAUCUGUAUCAAUUUGAAUUUUAUUGAUAGCGUUGAACAUCCUCUCCUCUCUCUUUGGCUGAAAUCUCUCUGACCGAUUAAGUGAAGGAACUCAAGAUCAUGGAUGGAUGUGGCAGAAGUAGUUUAGCACUCCUGGUGCUCAUAGUCCUGGGUGUGAGUGCUCUAGAAAAUGGCCUGGCCAGAACGCCCCCAAUGGGGUGGCUGGCCUGGCAGAGGUUCAGAUGCAACACAGACUGUCAGAAUGAUCCAAAUAACUGCAUCAGUGAGACGCUGUUCAUGCAGAUGGCGGACAUCAUAGUGUCAGAAGGCUACCUACAGGCAGGCUACAGCAUGGUGUCCCUGGAUGACUGCUGGCUGGCUCGUGACAGAGAUGCUCAAGGCAGACUACAGCCUGACUUUACACGCUUCCCUUCCGGUAUUCCUGCUUUGGCUGAUUAUAUGCACAGUCGCGGUCUGACAUUUGGUAUCUACGAAGACUACGGCAACUACACGUGCGCGGGCUACCCUGGCAUAUUGGGACACCUGCAGGUUGAUGCUCAGACCUUUGCUGACUGGCAAGUUGACUACGUCAAAUUGGANUGUCAUCAUAUUACUGUAUUUACCCAACAUCUUACUUUCUUCCAGGUUUCUGUGACGCUAGCAGAGCUUGGUCUGACUUACCCCAAUGGCUAUACCAUCACCGACCUUUUUGACGGCGUAAAUUACGGAGUUGUGGAGCCGUCGAAGCGCUUCAAGGUGGACGUGAACCCCUCAGGCGUUGUCCUGGUAAGGUGUGACCUCGCAGCAUCAUUCAGGGCGCAUCGCAACAACAUCUUCCGUCACUCCAACAACAACUUCCACAACCUGGCCGUGCCUGCAGUCACCCAUAGGGUCAACCCACUGACCAAUAACGUGAUCUUUCCUGCACAGCGCGGUUUCCCUGGCAAGCGGUGAAACCUUCAUUCCACUCUUUUACGCGCUUAGCUAUUUUAAGGUUUUCUGCAUCAUUUAGUUCGAAUUCUGUAUGCUAUUUGCUGACUGACACUUGGCCACUACCUUUUAGAAAUUGUUCUAAUUAUAUAAUUUUUGCAGCUAUAUCUUUCUGUUGACCUGCAUGGGUUUUCAAUCCAAUUCUGUAUUUUAAGAGUUGAGCAUCCAUUUAGAAUUUCGUGUUGAAAACAUUUUAUGGUGCUGUUUAUUGUUAUGUUGGAGAUGUUAUUCGCAAUAACUUGUAGCUAUGAGAGGCUAAUUCAAUAACACGAUUGAGAACACUGACGUCUAGGUUUUCAUUUAUUAAACUUUAUUUUAGGUUAGCCGUGUAUAUCACUUUUAAAUCUUGUCUAAAGCCCGUGGGUGAUCAACAAUAUCAGGGUUGCUUAUCUAAGAGGAGAUUAGACUGAUCUCUGUUUGUGUAAUGCAUAAAAACUGCCGAGAGUCGGUCAGAAACGGAUUCGAUAUUUUCAGCAUGUUAGUACUCUUGCUGAUAUGAAGACGUUUGCUACCGAAGACCCCGAAGGCCCCUACUUCUGCACUGAUCCCAGAAGUUGGGUCUGUUACUGUAGUAACAUCGAUAUUUUAAUUUUAACCUAAUUUCAUUUCGCCGAUGAAUUUUAUGAAUUAUAAAUCGCUAUUUUAAUUUUAAUUAAAUUUACUCAGCUGGGCCAGAGAUAAUUUCUAUGUCUUAUUGAGUAAUUAUUAAAAUAAUUUUUUUUCUUAUAUUUCAUAUGUUUUAAAUAUUAUAUUCCAUUUAAAUGUUGCUCGAAAAUUCUUCCUACUUCUGAUCCAGAUGGAUGUGAGGGUGACCUCUUUAUUUCAUCGCCACAUACUACCCUCUCAUGCACACAUUUCAACCCUCCUAAUUCAUCGAGUUGCAUCAUUAAUUAUCAGUUCAUAUUCUGUUCUAUUCAUAUGAAUAUGGCAGCUUUUAUUACGACCGUAAAUCUUACCUGAAAGAUAUUGAAGCCGUGCACUGCAUCUUGUUUUCGUGGGCAUUGUUGCCAGACUCAUUGACGGUAUUCACACGCUGAAAACUCCACGUUUAGCCACAUUAUCUUCUGAAGCAAAAUCAUUAAAUAUGUAUGUGCUUUAGUCGAUGCUCCCUGCAAAUUGUGUAUUUAACCGUUUUAUUUUGUACAAUUUAUAUAUUAAAUUAUUUAAUAUUAA